AUGGCUGGCCAAUCCCCUCCACACCCCGUGAUGCAGGGUGGCGACCUCGUUGGGUCGUUUCAGGGCAUUGCCUUGGAGCGACCUCCCUCACCACCCGCAGUGACCUACGAGGUGGCGACCGGGGGUCGCUCGACGAGGCUCUGCAUCCCUCCCCUACCCCAAAGCCUAGGGGACGUACAGCUGGAGACUAUGAUCACUCUGCCUGCAGAAGACCAGGCUCGUAUCUCAGCAGGCUCCGAGGACGACCUUGACAACAUGGUCCUUUUGAGGCUCAGUCAGGCUACGCUGGGGAUGAUUGAGGUGGUCGGCCGGAAACGGGGUCGCCAGGCCGCCGCAGACGAGGCGAUGAAAGCAGCCGAGGCCAAGCAGAGGGAGCUGCAGGAGGAGGUCGCUCGACUCACAAGGGAGUUGGAGGAGAAAGAAAAUCGCUGCGCGGCGCUUGCUGUGGAGAAAGCUUCCCAGGAGAACCGCUGCGUCGCCCUUGAGGCAGACAAGGCCUCCUUGUCCUUGGAGGUAGAAUCUGUUUCUGCUCGAGUGGUCGAGCUGGAAGGGGAGAAAUCUGAUCUGAUCCAACAGUUGGAGGUGGAGAGGAGCGAUCGGGUCCGCCAUGCAGAGGAAGCGGUAGAAUCCUUCAAGUCCUCUCCUGACUUCACGGUGGUCGCGAUGGAGCGGAUGGAAGAGCUAACGGCCGCUUGGCUCAAAACUGAACCUGGGGCUCAAUGGAUGGUCCAGGAGGGGACCAAGUCCUUCAAUUGCGGACUCUUCCAUGCCCAACAGGUCUUCCGCGACAGGCUGGCCCAGUUCCCCAAAGGAUUCUCUCUCCCCGACCUUGGCUUCCCUCCUCCCUGCCGCUCCUUGGCCGAGUUCGACCCUAGUCCCUAUCUGGAUGGGGGGAGCUCGAGUGCGUCGGAAGAAGAGGAAGAAGAAGAAGUGGAAGGUGGUCAGAGCGACAAGAAUCCAGGGGCCAGCUUAGCCAUGUCCAAAGCGGGAAUUCCUGUUUCUCUGGAUCUUUCCGACGGGCCGGCUCCUUCUUCGCCGGAGCCUGACUCCUCCCCUAAGUCAGUCAAUUCCAAUGACUCCCCCCCCCCCCCCCCGCUUGACCCUUACGAAUUCUGUCUCCGGUUGCCUCGCCGGCAGUGGCCGUCGGUGAAACCGCCGCCACCACCUCCAAACCCUUAUGAAGACUCUAGUGAGGCGUACAAGGCCCUCUCCGCCAACCGCCUGCCUGACGGGCGGAUUGACUGGGAUGCUCCAUGCCCCCUCCAUUCCCUGCAAUGUAUGGCUUGGGAGAGCUUUCAAGAUGAGCACUUACCCCUCCUGGAGCAUGAGUGCGCAUACUACGCAAGUUUUGAGCGAUGGACUAGCAAAAGUCGCACCAGUUCGCCGGUGAGGCCUACGGAGGAGGUUGUGUUAGGGGAAGAACUGGGUUCUUCCCUACCUUGCCCCGCUUGCCAUUCACUUCCCCAGAAGACCCCUAGGCGACCUGAAGUAGCUCGGGCGGCUUCAGGAUCUCCAUCCUCGCCUAGGUGAUGCUGGUUGGGGUUCACAGAGAAGUGAGCCGUCCCCCGUCCUUCCUUAGUAGGAGAAGGGCGGUGGGUUUUUGCCGAGGCUGGGGGCGACCACUCCCGUUCCAUGUUGGGGAAGAAAGGUGGUCGUCCUGG